AUGCCUGAGUCUGCCAAGAUAGCCAAGAAGGGCUCCAAGAAAGCCGUGUCUAAAGCCACCAAGACCGGCAAGAAGAGGAGAAAGUCCAGGAAGGAGAGCUACGCCAUCUACGUGUAUAAGGUGAUGAAGCAGGUGCACCCCGACACCGGCAUCUCCUCCAAGGCCAUGGGCAUCAUGAACUCCUUCGUGAGCGACAUCUUCGAGCGCAUCGCCGGGGAGGCCUCCCGUCUGGCUCACUACAACAAGCGCUCCACCAUCACCUCCAGGGAGAUCCAGACCGCAGUCCGCCUGCUGCUGCCCGGAGAGCUGGCCAAGCACGCCGUGUCUGAGGGCACCAAGGCUGUGACCAAGUACACCAGCUCCAAGUAAACCCGACAGACUCACAAACACAAUGGCUCUUUUAAGAGCUACCCACACAGACAAAGAGCUGCUUUCCGUCCACAUCAUGUCGAUAGUCAGAUAUGAUUUUGCUUACAGAAAUUAGUCUUGUCAAGCCCCUUUAUUGUUAUGCUACAAGUUACAUCCCGUUUCUCAUCGUUAAGAUAUACUAUUGAUAGUUUCGGUCCCAGAAGUAUGCAGACAUUCCUCAUAGAAUAUGAAAUAAACAGAACAGUAGACCACCCACACAGA